CUCUCAUUGUCUCCCAAUUUCUCCCCCUUCUGCGGAGAAAUUGGUGCAGGCGAUUGAAGGAAUAUAGCAGAAUGCGGAGUCCACCAUGAAUGCCAUCGAUGGAACUACAAGUAGCUUCCAUGUCCGAUCUACCGAUGCUCCCCCGCCCUCUCUCCUUGUCAUAGUCCUCGACACCAACCCAUACGCAUGGUCCCUCCUCGCCGACACCCUUCCCCUCCAAAAUGUCGUUGCCAACCUCCUGGUAUUCAUCAACGCCCACCUCGCCAUCAACCACGCCAACCAAGUCGCCGUGCUCGCUAGCCAUACCCACUGCGUCCAAUGGCUCUACCCCCCCCCCCCUCCCCCCCUCCCCACCGAUUCAACCGGCGACGUUCUCAUGACCGAACCCGACCAACCUGACCCCACCCCCCACCCCCCUACCGACGACGCCAACAAAUACCGCCCCUUCCGCCUCGUCGAGCAACAGAUCCUCUCCAACCUCCGCUCCCUCCUCACCUCCUCCCCCCCUUCCUCCCACACCACUGCCCUCAUCGCCGGAGCCCUCACCACUGCCAUGACCUACAUCUCCAAAGCCACCCUCCUCGCCUCCCCCGUCGCCGCCCCUACCCACACCCACACCACCUCCUCCGUCCUCCCCACCGCCGACGCCAUCAACGCCCCCGCCGACGCCUCCACCGCCCACGACCCCCUCAGCUCGCGCAUCCUGAUCGUCAGCGUCUCCGGCGACCUCGCCGCGCAGUACAUCCCCGUGAUGAAUACCAUCUUCGCCGCCCAGCGCAACCGCGUGCCCAUCGACGUGCUGAAGCUGGCAGGCGACACAGUGUUUCUGCAGCAGGCGAGCGACGCGACCGGGGGGGUGUACAUCGCGCCGGGGCUGGAGGUGGGGGCAGGGAAGAAGGAGGGGGAGGAUGCGGCGGUGGUGCGGGCGCAAGGGAUCCUGCAGUAUUUGAUGAUGGGGUUCUUGCCGGAUGCGGCGGCGAGGAAGUGGUUGGUGCUACCCGGGGCGGAAGAGGUGGAUUUCCGCGCGGCAUGUUUUUGUCAUCGGAAAGUGGUGGAUAUCGGGUGGGUGUGCUCCGUGUGUCUCAGCAUCUUCUGCGAACCCCUCCCCGACGCCACCUGCCUCACCUGCGGCACCUACCUUGCCCUCCCCGCCAACCACAACGUCGCCCCCGCCGUCGUCCCGCGAAAGAAGAAGAAAAAGAAACGCCUGCCCGAUGGCGGGACGCCGCGGCCGGGCGGCAGCACCCCAGCCGGGAGCACGCCGGGUGGCGGCACGCCGAUGAGAUGAUACCCCCUGAUGGCACGAAAAAGCGCGAGGCCAUGUACGAUUGAUUUAAGUGAAGCGGGAGAGAGGUGGGAGAGCAUUGAUAGGCAUUCACGGUGGCGUCUGGUGACUCCUGGUUGAUGGGAGGAGCUGAAUGAAAUGAUAUAGAUUGAUUUUUAAACUAAGCAUAGGGUUGGUUUCCGGUUUCGGAAAUGAGAAUGGAAGUUUUCGGAUUUUGCAUGAGGCGGAUGAAGUCUACCUAUACUACGUUUCCAUUCGCUUCUUGAAAUGUGUUCGGGCCCUUUCGGA